AUGCCGCUGAGCGCCGCGCUGAUCGUGCAGAUGAGCGCGGUCGUAGUCACAGUCCCCGAAAAUUCGUUCACCGGACCGUCUGGCGCAAUCCCCAACGUGACGAUGAUUCUCCACGCCGUGUCCGCUUCCCUGGCCGUCGUCCUUCCCGUGGCCGUGAAUCUACACCUCCCCGUCGUCGAGAUCGUCGUGUCCGGCAAGAAACUUAUUUUAGCAAUGGUGGAAAACAUGUUACUUGGGUUGGGGGUAGCGACGACGACGACAACAUGGAUCCUAGAGCCAGGCUCCAGAAUGCCACCCCAUCUCCGGGAACUUGUGUUGUGA